GACAUACAAACGCUGCAGCAGCUGUUGCACAGUGAAUUGCUCCAGAGCCAGAAGCAAAGACAAUGAAGCUGUUGGAGAACUCAAGUUUUGAAGCAAUAAACUCCCAGCUAACCGUGGAGACUGGAGAUGCUCACAUCAUUGGCAGGAUUGAGAGUUAUUCGUGCAAGAUGGCUGGUGAUGACAAACACAUGUUCAAGCAGUUCUGCCAGGAGGGCCAGCCGCAUGUCCUAGAGGCCCUGUCGCCGCCUCAGACCACCGGGAUCAGCCCCAGCAGGCUCAGUAAAAGUCAGAGCGGUGAUGAAGAGGGACCGCUGAGUGACAAGUGCAGCCGCAAGACCCUCUUCUAUCUGAUUGCAACGCUCAACGAGUCCUUCCGCCCAGACUAUGACUUCAGCGCUGCCAAGAGCCACGAGUUCAGCCGGGAGCCGAGCCUCAACUGGGUGGUGAAUGCUGUCAACUGCAGCCUCUUCUCUGCAGUCCGUGAAGAUUUCAAUGCCCUGAAGCCACACCUGUGGGAUGCUGUGGAUGAAGAAAUUUGUCUUUCAGAGUGUGACAUCUACAGCUACAAUCCAGACCUGGAUUCAGACCCCUUUGGAGAGGAUGGCAGCCUCUGGUCCUUCAACUACUUCUUCUACAACAAGAGGCUGAAGAGGAUUGUGUUUUUUACCUGUCGUUCCAUCAGCGGGUACACAUACACACGCUCAGAAGCUGGAAAUGAGCUGGAUAUGGAUCUUGGUGAAGAGGACGUAGAGGAGAACAGGGAUGCCCGUGACAACGAAAGCGGCAGCAUAGAGGAGGACAGGUUGCAGGUUAUUUGCAUGUGAGUUUCCAGAACUGCUCCAAGAUGCCUCAUGACCCUGCUGAAUCACCUUUCUGCCUGUGUCCGAGGAUGAGGCAGCCCUGAGCUCCCUGAACUGCCCCUGCCCAGCAGCUGUAGCAUCGCCCUACUCAUACAUACACUGGAGUACCCCAGGCAUCUUGGAGCACAACGGACUGAAAGCAGCUGCGGCUUCCUGGCUGAAGACACGUCCUCUGGCUCUAGGCGCUGCCAGCAAACGUCCCCUCCUCCGGGAUGCUCUCCACGUGCUGCCGCCCGCGGCUGCUGUGACUCUGGCUGGGGCCUGCUGGACAGCUGUGUAGGAGCUCCGAGAAGCUUUGCUGCACUUUAUCGCUGAUGUUAUUGGCUGCACUGACCUGCAAACUCCUCGUGGCUCUGAAGCAGGGCUGGAUUUCCUCAAGCACUUUUCUUUACUGGUUGUGACAUAGCAAACUCCGUCCAUCCAUAGCACCAGCAGCAGCAAGGGGUGCGGGGGGAGCCCUUGCUGUGCCUCGGCCUGGACCUCCUCUUUAAGAAGUGUUGUUGAACUCCCCGUGAACUGGCCGUAGCUUGUUCCCUGGAGAAGAGUCCGUUCGUUUCAAAGAGGUUUGCUUUGCUCCUGCCCACCCAUGGUGGUUUUCUCUGGUGUGUUUUUUAUUUUAUUUUUUUAUCUUCCCUGAGGGUAUCAGCUUUCUGCACUGGUCCUGAGCAACUCCUAUGUGCAAACAGGUCCCAAGAUGGAGCCCCUGUGGCUGAAAGCUGGACUGGGUGUCUCAUCCCAAUCUUUUUAAGUUUUUUAAACCACAGAUGGCUUUUGACAGUGGCAAAGCCAGAGCAGGGCUGGAGCACGGUGACGGUGUGGGGCAGCAGGCCAGGCAGCGGCUGCGGUGCUGGGAUCCUGCUCAACCCGGGCCUAGGGCUGCAGAGUUUAUUUUUGUAUUCUGGGUGAGCUGGGACUCGCGGCGGGAGCUGUGUGCU